AGAACAUAAACCACCAUGCUUAACAUCUGAUGUGCUCUCAAAACCAUUCAAAGCAGCCACAGAAGAGUGGUGAACUCACAUACCUCACAACUGCGAAUUCCACUGUACCAUGGCAAUAACAUCAGAUGCCAUCAGUAUGAACUAUCUUGUGUGCUGGAGUCUUCUGUUGUUUCAUGUUUCAGUGGCUAGUCAAUUGAGUCCAGUAAUAUCAGGCUGGCCUAGGCCAGAGACUUCUGCGGAGAUGACCGCCAUGACAGUGAAGGACCAUGUCCAGUUGCACUGUACUAACCUACAUGAAGAAUAUGAAAAGUGCCACUUUACCUUUAGCUCUCAGAUGAAGUCUUUUACAGGGAAAAAGUCUGAAAGCAGCUGCACCUUGGAAGUGAGUGGUUCUGUAUUACGGAUGCCCAACUCGACCUACAAAAGUCUGACACAGAUCUCGUGUGGUUACACUCUUAACGGAACCCAAGUAUCCAGUGAGAAUAUCACGGUGAAGGUUUUCAAUUUUGAUCUGCCUUUGAAGUACUCCAUCAUCGCUGUGGUCAUAUUUGGGCUGACCAUCCUCUUCAUAUUCUGCAUAUCUGGCUGGGGCUGCUACGUCCUCAUCAGCAAUACAACAAAGAAAACACGUUCAACAGAUCAAGGAUAUCUAACCCAACAAACGGACAUGGAUCAACAAGGCAAUUACAAUGCUAAGGAGAUACAUGAAGGACAAACAAAUGAGGAGGAGGACAGCCUUUGCUAUGCCACAGUGUUGCAUCCGUGCGAUGUAAGGAGCUCUCCGCGGGUGGUCCGGUUUGAACCGUGCUCCGACUACGCUUCAGUGAUCAUCAGUUGAACACCUCGACCUUUACUGACUUUCAGUUGGCCUGGCAACAUUCUGACCACAUCUGUAGCCUACAUCCAUAGCCUAUAUACUCUAUAGACUGUAUGACCAUCAUGACCACUUUAUUGGCUCAGAGGAGAGACCACAGACUAUUGGAUGCCAUUAGGACAAUACAUACUGCAAAGACUGCUAUAUUCAUUUGGAUAGCAGCAUAUUCUGGGCCCUAUGGGGGCUCUCAUCCACCGUUUAUGAUGUUAAUAUGACUCCCUGUGUGGCCCCCAAAUACGUGGGGACCUGGUGACUCAGUCAGUUCCUCUUCGGCCCCCUAUUUUGACGCCCCUGCAUACAAUUGAA